GCGCUGGCCGCCACCGCCGGAUCGCUGACAGGCGGGGAUCCUGUGACACCUCUCUGCAGCCCGGCACUUGUUGCUCACAGGACCUGCGGCCAUCCCUGAAUCCACCUUUCCAGCCCUUGCCUCCUGUCCCCCACCCUGUGAUCAGCCGGGACACUGGUCUCUCAGACAUCGCUGUCCCCGGCUUAAGAAAUAGAUUAGAGAAAAAAAAAUAUUGAACGCGGCUCUGAAGAGGGGCCCCGCCGAGCAGCGGCAGCAGCAGGAGCGCAGAGCGCUGGCCCGGGUGCCGCAGAGGUGGCGCCUCCCCGGCCCGGGACGCUGGCCCCGGGCGCCGACGGCAUGACGGACGCGGCGACGGCUAACGGGGACGACAGGGACCCCGAGAUCGAACUCUUCGUGAAGGCUGGAAUCGAUGGGGAGAGCAUCGGCAACUGUCCCUUCUCUCAGCGACUCUUUAUGAUCCUCUGGCUGAAAGGAGUCGUGUUCAAUGUCACCACCGUGGAUCUGAAAAGAAAGCCAGCAGACCUGCACAACCUGGCCCCUGGCACCCAUCCGCCCUUCCUGACCUUCAACGGGGAUGUGAAGACGGACGUCAAUAAGAUCGAGGAGUUCCUGGAGGAGACUUUGACCCCUGAAAAGUACCCCAAACUGGCUGCGAAACAUCGGGAGUCCAACACGGCAGGCAUCGACAUCUUCUCCAAGUUCUCUGCCUACAUCAAAAACACGAAGCCUCAAAACAAUGCUGCCCUUGAGAGAGGCCUGACCAAGGCACUGAAGAAACUUGAUGACUACCUGAACACCCCUCUGCCAGAGGAGAUCGAUGCCAACACUCGCGGGGAUGAUGACAAGGGCUCCCGGCGCAAGUUCCUGGAUGGGGACGAGCUGACUCUGGCUGACUGCAAUCUGUUGCCCAAGCUCCACGUGGUCAAGAUUGUGGCCAAGAAAUACCGGAACUAUGACUUCCCGGCUGAGAUGACAGGCCUGUGGCGGUACCUCAAGAAUGCCUACGCCCGGGACGAGUUCACCAACACCUGUGCAGCGGACACAGAGAUCGAGCUGGCCUACGCAGACGUCGCCAAGCGCCUCAGCCGAUCCUGAGCUGGCCAUCUUGCCAUCACUGCUCCAGAAGGACUCAGCUUCUCCCAAAGGACUCCUCUUCCGCAUUGCCUCGGGAAACGUUUUUUCAUCAGGUCACAUCUUGCGGGCAUCAUCAAAACUCCAGGCUGCUGUUUUUUAUGACUGUCAGCGCCAACCCCACCUGCUCAUGUGGGAAUCUGCAAGCAGGAAUGAUAGAAAUAGUCAAGCUCUCAGCCUUUGGGCCUGGUCUGGGUUCAGCGUAUUUGGGGGCAGUGUUGAAGAAUUCAGGUGUGGCAUUGUCACUGUCCCCUUCUGCCAAUAUCAGACUAUCUCCUCAGAUGUGUUAGGAACAUGCAAAGUGUCCUCUUCCUCCUCUUUGUCACUUGAAGGCCAAGGCCAAAUGCCAUCUUAGUUCUCAUUAGACCGAGAUCCACCGCUCUUAGGCAUGACAGAGAGUGAAUGGAGAAGACUGAGCAGGCUGUGGAUUGGGUGUCUGGCAGGCACCCCUUCAGCCACUCACUAAUUUCUGACACUCUUGUCACCUUGGGCACUGAAGGCCAGAUGGGAAAAGCACUUCAGACACAGCCUCGGUUUGCGGCUGUGCUGUGAAUGCUUCAAGGCCACGGCACCCCUGGCCCACGCUGACCUCUGCUUUCAUGCUAUCCGGGCCUUGCCAGGAAAAGAAGUCGGCAUGCACUUCAAACUGGGGUGACUGGGAAGGGAGGGUUGGGGAGCAGUGUCGAUGCCAAAAGACCCACAGGGGUCCAUCAGCCAUGGAGUUUGCUUGCGUAGGGUAGUUGUUUCCUUGGAGACUGCACGCCUGGGUUUGACUGUGUUUAUCCGCGAGUGCAUUUGGGUCUGUGAGAAAGGGGAUGGGGGCGGUGGAGGAAUGAGUGAAGAUAAGUUCUUCACGUGGCUCAGCGUUCCCUGGAAAUCUUUUAGAGAGGUCUUCUCUCUCAUGAUCUAACUUGAGUCUUCAACUGAUGAUGCAUCUAACUACUAGCCUUAGAGCAAAAAUGCAAGAAUUGGCCAAAAAUGACUUUCCAGUCUCUUCAAGUUGUUUCUGGAUCUGGGUCUGCCAGCUGGGUGCUCUCGGGCAGCCGCUCGUGGGUGCAAGAUCCAUUUAGGAGGUGGCAUGAUCAUGGAACACCUUAGGAAGAAAGUCCAUGGGCCUUUCUGACUGGGAAACCAUGUGGUUUGAACUCAAAGAAAAAUAGAUGCCCACCUGGGUUCGUUUUCCUACCAUCUGACUCAACUGCCAGAUGAAAACAAGGAAACUUUUUUUAACUAAUAUUUCACUCCUUAGACGUUCUCCUUGAGUUUCACCUCCUUAAACGCUUACCCGACUUGAGCGGGGGGACCUGUGCAGCGGAAACUAAGAAAAAUGAACUAAUCAUUGGCUCCCUCUCCCAGCGAACGCCCUUGAGAAAAUCCACCCGCCACAGCCGCAGCCCCUCACCUUCGACAUCCUCCUUCUGUGCUGCCCGCUGCUCCAGGGGGAGGCUCCCAAGUGCCCAAAGCCCCAAGACGUGGCUCAUAGCUCAGCGAGGGCAGGACAGCACUGUCCUUUCCAUAGAAACAUCAAUAAAUUCUAACCCCAGCCACCCCGAGACCUACCUGCAUCCAGGGAUCUCUGAAGAAAAAAAGUGACCCAUUGAUCAGAGCAGAGGGGAGGAAGCAGGCGUCUCCUGUAACCCAUGGAGGAAGAGGACAUUUCCCAGUAGGACACUUUAUAAGCCAGCCGGAGAGCUUUGCAAAUGCAGAAGGAGUUGAUUCAUUUCCACUUCUAAAUAAACCUUUCCACAACUCCCUGGAAACUUAGUCCCUGGAGAUGUUUAAAAAGGAGAACUGGUGAGGAAACAGUCCUUUUUCUGUAGGGAAAAGCCCCAAGCUGGCCUCCUGGGAGAUGAAAACUUGAAUGAUCCCAAAGGCCUUUUAAUUAGUGCGAAAUCCUCUUGUCCUCCCAGGAAAUCCUGCCCCGGACCUAACGGCACAGGCUCGAUGACCUAGGAAGCAGUUGACUUUCCUGAGACCCACAGGGACGCUGUUCUCAAAGCACUUCCGUGUUGCACAGCCCGAACGACAGAGAAAACAGAAGGACUCCGGGGAGAACGGCUGCCCCAGAGAAGUUAUGGGACGCUAAUGACUCGGAUUUGAUAUUCAGAAUUCAGCAGUUGGCAAGUCUUUACCAAGUAUUUAAAACCAAACAAGCCAAACCAAAUCAAUAUUGUUGUUUCUAGAUAUUCCUUCUGUGGUUGAGUUAGUUUUACAUCACUAACAAUAUUCUGGCACUGGCGGAGGCAGUUAUGUGAUCAGUUGUAAGCAUUUAAAGGAGGGCAUGGAGCUACAGAUAGAAGGCACUUCUGUGGACUUCAUUCAGGAAUAUCUUUUUGUUUCAACAGUAGAUUAUCAUAUAAUGCAACGGACUAUUGACUUAGAGCUUUAGUGUCUGAUGGCCAGAUUAUCAGAGUACUUUUAAAUAACAGUAAUAUAACCUUCUGAUUAUUUUUUUUAAAGGAGAUUUUCUUCUAGGUCCUUCAGCCUCCCUUGGUUUUGGCCAUAACCUUGUCAUAAACAGAGCAACUCGUCUCCUGGCAACAGUGUGAUGAGGUCCUUAGUUGUCCCCAGAACCCACCCACUCAAGGAGCACUGAAGGUCUGCGGUUUGCACUCCAUACCCCAGAGUUAGAAGACAGGGGGUAACCCUUGUCCCUGGUCUUGAGUGAAUAUUGACGCCUCAAAGAGCAUUUCAGUGGCACUGAAAGGGGAUUUAUUUGGGUUGAGAUCCUGUUUUCUUUUGGAUUUAUUUCUCUCCCUUGACUGUCACGUCACUAUUUUUUAUGGGGCAGUGUAGCGGGAGGAAGGCGGAGGCAGAGCAACGUCAGGAUGACUGUGUUGAAUUUACCCAUCUACGCGGUACUGCCUCCCUCUCAGCUCGGCCCACAGAGAAGGUGUGGGAUAAGAUUUUAACAACUACAGAAGAUGAGCUGGAGAAGUAAAAUCUUGACUGUUCCAGAGCAUAUCCUUCUAUUUUGUGCCUCAUAUCCUGACAGAGGGAGUCAAAUGCCUGACAAUUCAGAAUCACAGGCAUGAGGAUGACUAUCUUAUUUUAAACAAAGGGGUAUAGCUGCCUGGCACCAAACUAAUGAGCUGAAAAGUGAAAAAACACACUCCAUCAGUUUAUUUGGCCACACAGUCUCAGACUAGUUUCAGCUUCCCAGGAAAUGCCGCUGUCCUCGGUCUUCACUUCUGCUGGUGGAGCCAGCGAGGAUCUUGAUCUUUUCAUCAGAAAAAGGCUCUGUCAAGAGUGAGGUUUCGUGGGCUGCAUUUCCUAGCGUUUGUCAAAUGAAACAACAGAAGCUCUUCACGGCACUGUGCCCACUGGCCACUCUACAGACAGACAAUACCACGCACCUUAGAACUGCCCCAAAAUGGAUCACAGCCUGGAAUAGACCCCGAAGAUCUAGGAGUCCCAGGAAUCAGCAAGACCUGGACAAACAGAAUUAAAAGGGAGGUAGAGUCAGGAAGGUACAGGUCUCUCUAGUAAGAGUUUUCCAUCAUGAGAAACCUGUGAGAGCCUGUGUCUAAAAUUAAACUGGACUAGUGACAGCAGACCUCCAGUGGGCACUCCAUGACUUACCUCUCUUCCCACUAGCCAGGAGCCAUUUCAAUAGCGGAGUGAAUCAAGAUGCUGGUGUCUCCCUCCUUGGAAAGAUGAAGCAUUAGCUCAUGGUUAAAGCUGAGUUCAUGAUUCCCAAGGGAUCACUUCCUUAUUUUUUUAUAUGACAUUAAAAAGAAUCUUAAGCAUUAGAGAAAGAAGUGUGCAUGUGAAGCAUCCUGAUUCCGAUGUUAGGGAAACAGACAGGGGUCACAUCAUUGGCCUUGGGGCCCUGUGUGUACACAAGGCUCAUUGUCUUUUGUCCAAUGCUCUUUAGCAUUCAAACCAAACAACAGGGCCCUCCUCCUGAUUGCAUAUUCCUCUCCCUUUGUCAAUAUUCUUCUCCCAGCUUAGUUUCAGGAUAUUUUAUUUCAGAAUUAGGUAUGAUCCAAAGUGUGUAGAAUUUUGUUUAAUAUUACUUAAAGAAGUAGAUCCAAUGCUCCCCUCGUCAACCAAAAAUAAGAUGAAAUAUUGCCUCAUAUAGGGUUUGGCCUAAUCUGUGUUUCUAUAAAAGCAAUCUGUUUUUUGGCAUAACAUAGUUUCAAGGAUCCACUUAUCUAAGGUAUUCUAUGUAGAGUUAGAGAUUUCACAAGAUUGACUAUGCAUUUAUUUAAAAGAUAAAAUAUCCAGCUGAUGUUUGAAUUUGUCUUUUACUGACUACCUGGUUGUUCCAUUUUAUAAGCUGGGAAGUGAACUAAUUUAGCAAAAGAUGCCUAGCUUUUACAAAAGAACAAACAUUUUAUUUUAUAAAGACACUCCAAAUGGUGGUUACUUGAUUUUCUCAAGACCUUUAACUGUGGUGAUAAAAUAACAGGACUUGCUUUCAAGCCUUAAUAAAUGUAAAUUGUCUUUUAAUGAAGAGAAUGCUGAGUGUUUUCACAUGAAUCUGAACCAGUUAUAAAUUUGUUUCCCAGUCUUGAUUGAUAUUGACUGAUUCAAAUAAAGUUGGUUUAUUUUCAAAUAUUACAAAA